AUGUUUUCACGUAUUAUUCAUUCAUUAGAUAAAACAAUAAAAUGUUUUCGUUAUGUUUCUCAAACAUUACCAAAUCCAAUUCAGUCUCGUUUAUCAUCUGUAGCACGUCCAAUAAAAUGUUCUCCUAAAGAACCAAUAUUAUUAGCAGGUGAUGUAACAUCAUCUAUGAAAUUAUCUGUAUUAAAACGUGUACCAAGAAAAAAACCUAAAUGGAAAGCAACAAAUAUUUUAAAUCAACGUGAAGAACAAUAUUUUAAUGUAUGUGCAUUAGCUACUGCAGAUUGGUAUGAUUUGGAUCGAUUAAAACAACGUUUAAUUACAUUAUCAAAUUCAUUUCAAUUAAUUCCUAUAUCUGAUACAAUCAAUGAUGUUUUAUGUCUUCAAAUACGAACUGAAUCGACAACCAAAAGUGAAGCAUUUAUAUUUGAUGAUGGUGCAGUUGUGUUUUGGAAUGUUCAACAAGAUUAUAAAAAAAUAAUUUUAGAUCAAGUAAAUUUAUAA